CGAGUCCUACUAAAAAGAAUUUGAGGGAAUGAUCCUGCAGCUCACCAAGGGGAUCCACGGUGGCUUCCUGACGUCCGCUUUAAGGAAGUCCGAAACUUUAGCCUUCUUACCGAUUGACUUCUUCUUAUCCGGUAGACCGACUCGUGAUGUCUGGCGAACACAGCGAGGGCCAGGAGGCUAUGAACGUAUACUCCGUAACCCUCAGUGGCCCAGCGCCUUGGGGCUUCAGGCUGCAGGGUGGCAAGGACUUCAGCAUGCCCCUCACCGUGUCAAGGCUGACCCCGGGCGGAAAGGCAGCUCAGGCCGGCGUCGGGGUGGGAGACUGGGUGGUGUCCAUCAGUGACACCAAUGCAGAGGAGAUGACCCAUGUGGAGGCACAAAACAAGAUCAGAGCAGCAACAGACUCCCUCACCCUCACCCUCAGCAAAGCCUUCAAAGCUGGCGAAAACCAGAAGGACUCGCUCGCUGCGGCUUCUGUUCUGCCAAAGUACUCCUUUGCCCCCAGCUCAACCAUUAACAAGAUGGCGAGGCCAUUUGCAGCAGGUGGCGGUAGUGCCAACUCAGGACCUGCUAUUAAACCUGUGGCCUACUCUCCUAAACUUAACACCCCGAGCUCACAGGGCCGUGCCAGUAUGCAGCAGCCACAGAAUGGCCUUGAGCCAACUCCCUCACCUGCCAAGGCCCAGGCAGCAGAUAAACCAGAUGGCUCCAAGACUGCAGCUGCAGCAGCAGGCCGUUCAGGUCCUUCCUGUCGACCACCGUGGGUCACUGACCCCACUUUCGCCGACCGCUUCCGCCCAGACAAGACCAGCACCGUCGUGACCCAGCACCAGCAGCCGGUCCAGCCGACGCCGAUGGAGAACCGCAGCUCCAUCCUGCAGGCAGCGCAGCAGGCACCCGAAGACAGCGGGAGGACCCCGGUAUGCGGUGCAUGCAACAAAAUCAUAAGAGGUCGGUACCUGGUAGCGCUGGGGCGUUCUUGGCACCCAGAGGAGUUUACUUGUUCACAGUGUAAGGCGGUCCUGGAUGAGGGGGGCUUCUUCGAGGAGAGAGGGUCUGUCUACUGUACCAAGUGCCACGAUAACCGAUAUGCUCCGAACUGUGCCAAGUGCAAAAAGAAGAUCACAGGGGAAAUCAUGCACGCCCUGAAGAUGACCUACCAUGUCGAGUGUUUCAAGUGUGCAGCGUGCAAGACUCCCAUCAGGAAUCAAGCCUUCUACAUGGAGGAGGGCGAACCCUACUGUGAGAAAGACUAUGAGAAGAUGUUUGGCACCAAAUGCCAUGGCUGUGACUUUAAGAUUGAUGCCGGGGAUCGUUUUCUGGAGGCCUUGGGCUACAGCUGGCACGAUACGUGCUUCGUCUGUGCUCUCUGCCAAAUCAACCUGGAGGGGAAGACGUUCUACUCGAAGAAGGAUAAGCCCCUGUGCAAAGGCCAUGCCUUUGCUCCAGUGUGAGAGAGCGAGCUUCAUCUUCAGAGGAAGCAACACUUCUCUCUCUCCCUCCUCUUUACCCCACUCUGCCCUCUGGCACACUCGUACACACUCUGCAUCUCUUCUCUUCACCAACCACACACCUAGUUACACUCCAUUUUUCUUUUUUUCUAUCCUUUGUUUCUACAUUUGAGGCUCAGAGAGACAAUUCAACCCCAAAUCAAAAAUACAUAUUUUUUCCGUUACUUAUAGAGCUGUUUAUCAGUCUGGAUUGUUUUGGUGUGAGUUGCUGAGUGUUUGCGAUAUCAGCCAUAGAGAUGUCUGCUCUCUCUCAGAUAUAAUGGAACUAGACGGCACUCAGCUUGUGGUGCUCAAAGCAACAGAAAAAAAAAACAUUUGAAAACUCAACCCCAAUGUCUCUUUCUAGAGAUCAUGACCCAGUUACUCAAGACAAUCCACAGACCUUGUUGUGAGCAGUUUCAUGUCAGAACUAUUUCCUUUCCACUAGACUACAACCACCAUCCGAAUCAUUGUGCAGAAAGAAGCGCUUAUGGAGGCUUAUGCUUGUAAAAGCGCAAGAUGUACACAGAUCCUCGGCUCAGCUCUAACAUAAGUUAGCUCAGUGUUGCCAGGUGAGCUAGCAGUGGACGCAUGCUUCCUUCUGCGUGGUGAUACAGUUGGCAGGCGUAGUUUGGUAGAAAGAAAAUAGUUCCUACAUGAAACUGAACUUAACAAGGUCUUGAGUAACCAGGUCAUGAUUUCUGAAAAGAGACAUUGCUGUUGAGGUUUUCAAAUGUAUUUUUUGGCCAUCUAGUUCCCUUACAUUCAAGAGGGAAGUCAGCAGACAACCGAUAUCUCCAACACUCUGCAACUCACCUCAAAAUAAUCUAGACUGAUAGCACUGCAGGCAAAAGGAAAAACAUGUACUUUUGAUUUUGGAGUGAACUGUCCCUUUAAUGUUAGCUUCACGUACUGUUAGUUUCCUGUGCGAAAAGGACGAUUCACAUGUUACUGCCUGUAAUACCAGAUGCUGUGUUGUAUAACUGGAAGUAGUCAAGGAAUUGUUUCAUGUCAUCACUAACUUUUUGACUCUCAAGUAAUUUUUUUUAGAUAAGACAUUAAAAAGUGCAGCUGCAGUUCAUCUAGAUUUAAUUGUAGCAGUAAGUGACGAAUUCUCACGACUCUACUAAUCUCAGCCUUGUUCAGUCUGAAGUGAGAUCAAGUCAGUAUCUUCCAAGUUGAAGGAGUCAUUUAGCCUUUAAUAAUCUCACAUAUUGCGGUAAUGAUCUGCCACUGCUGCUGUACUAAGUGUGGGGAAGUGGUGGCCCAAUUCAGGACCCUGGCCCACUCACUGACUCUUACUGCAGUGCCUAUUAACGUAAUGGGGUCCAGUCAAGCAUAAAGGGGGGUGUCCCAUUUCUGCUUGACUGGACCCCUUCACCUCUCCGCAGAAGCACUAACUGCAGUAUGAGUUCUGAUUUGCCAGAGCCAACGUGAGAAGCAGUUAAUAACUGUAAUUUUGAGUCAUUUAACAAUCCUCAGUCGAUCCAAUUUUAAUAAUCCAAUGUGGGUGACAGAAAGGAAAUACUGUUCUUGUUUUUAAAUGUUUCACUCCUAAGAUAAGGAGAUAAGUCUUUUGAGAUUAUCAGCAUUUAUUGGACAUUGUAAUGUAAGAAAAGAAACCUCAGAUGAUUUUGUCCCUCAUGUUACAAUGAUAUUGUGAUAUUUCCUUAGAGUACUUUCAUGUCAUGGUUGAAUAUGUAUUUAUAUUGCUUCAGAAUGGGCCUGUAAGUGUUGUUUUUAUAGCUGUUGGACAUUUCAAAUAAAAUAAUUCAGUAAUGCCAAGCGCUGGGGCAAAA